AUGCCGUCCAACAUCCAGGUCUUCGUGAAAUGGAAGGAUCAAACAAUAUUUGCGGGAGAGGAUGUGGAAUGCACAAUUACCUUCAAAAAUGUGGCCGAGACAGGCCCUGAUGCCAUCCAUGGAGCUGAGGGAGGACACCAGCGGAAGAUGUCUCGAGUCGCGAAUCACAGCAACAAUUCGGAGUCGUUCUUCUCACUCAAGUCCCCCCCAGAGUCUCUUUUCGAGCCGGCGAUCAGUUUCCAUCAGCUCCCAGAAAAAAGCCGCCCAUCAACGUGCCGCCUCGUCCCUGAGUUCCCCUCUCGGAGUCACAAACGAUCCGUAUCGAUCCUGUCUAUUGAUAGUGAAGGCCAAACUGAGAAACAGCCUUCGCCGCUCAAUUUGAGUAGCAGUCGCAACAGGCCUACCAGGGGCCAUGGGCGCUCGGCUAGUCUUCAAGUUGGUCCCAGAAGGAACGACAGCUACGAUGAUUCAUAUAAAAGAGCUGUGAGGCCAGCCCCAAUGCGUGGGUUUUCGCUGCAGGAAUCCCCGAACGAAUACACGGCCAACAGCCUGCAAGUCGAUACCACCUCCCUUAGCGCUCACGGUCGCACUGUUUCUACAACCAAUAGCCCUAUCGUUCCAACACAACCAAUUCGCUCCUCUGUACGAAGACCGCAGCCCCCAGCCAUCGAUUUCAAACUCCCCUCACCAUCAAAGAGCUCCACCAAGGAUUCAGUGGCUUCAGGCGCUCCAUCUCAUCAGCAGCUUGCUCGAGUCAUUUCUGCUACUAGCGUAAAUGGCAGUGCGCGGAGCAGCGGCGAGUUCUUUUCUGUUAGCGAUCAAUCCACGGAAACCUUGGCAUCAGAGUAUACAAACUAUUCCACUCAAGCUGCACGUGCACCGCCUCCUGCUAGACAUGCACGACAUUUUUCUAGCGUUACAGCGCCUCCCAAGGCUGUUGAUGCUCAGGCCCUGCUUAUGGGUUAUGCCCAAAUCAGCGCAUCAUUUACCGUCGACGGCUCUCUUGUGAACCAGUCGGUCUUUGAUGAAGUCAAACGUAAAGGAGUCGUGGGAGGCCAAGCCGGUACAGGCGGUCUCCCAGGGCGGCCAAACUCGAGUGGUCAAUCACGCAAAGGAGGCGGAUUCUGGGGAGGAUUAGGAGGAUUCAGGUGGAAUGCUAUUGAAGAAUCCAUCAAUGGCCUCCUUUCAAACAAUGAUCUUGAUGGCCUUCGAGAAAUGCGUGGUGUCUCCUCGUCCCGGUCGAUCCCCUUGCUAUCCACCCCACAGUCACUGCUCUUCGUUGACCUUCGGCUGGCACCGGGUGAGGAACAGUCAUACUCAUUUACCUUCACUCUACCCAAGGGACUACCGGCCAGUCACAAAGGGAAAGCUAUCAAGAUAUCUUACAAUCUGGUCAUUGGUACUCAGCGACCUAGCGCGCCUAAUGAAGCGCAACGCGUUAAUCGCAUCAAUAUCCCAUUUCGCGUCUACAGCGGGGUCAACGAAAAGGGUGAUAUCCUUGGCCAUGAUCUCAUGGUCCCAUAUGUUCUGCUGCGCGACGAAGCAAAGGUACAAAAAAUUGGGCCUAACACCCCCAUCGGUCCCAAGAACCAAAGCGUGAGCGGUGGAUCAUGGCACUCAGCUAGCGAAUUCCUAACAUAUGUGGAUGAUAUAUUGGAGCAAAGAGCGCGCUCCAAUUCCCUAUUUCCCCCAGGUGCCAUCCCAGAGCGGCGACCGAGCCACGACGGGCUCCCACAGAUGCUAUCUUGUAAAGACAUUAUAGACAUGGCAAUCCUUCGCAGUAACCAAAGUGCACAAUCUCGACGCAGUCCGAACCGAUUCGAGAUCGCUCGCGAUGGACAGCGCAUCGCAGUGGUUGUUCUCAAUCGCCCAGUCCACCGACUUGGUGAGACCAUCAUAGCCACAGUGGACUUCGGUGACGCUUCUAUCCCAUGUUAUGCAGUUCGUGCUUCUCUGGAAACAUCUGAAAAAGUUGUGCCCACCCUAGCCGUCAGGUCAAAUGCGAGCAUCCAUCGGACAACUCGCAAAAUCCACGCAUCCUUGUUCGAGAACACGCUGCAUGCCACUCGGGUGGUCUUCAGCCCUGCUAUCCCCAUCACUGCCACCCCCACCAUCAUCACUAGCGGUGUCACUCUGGAUUGGGACCUGCGGUUUGAGUUUGUAACACCAAACAACCUCGGUGAACAUGACCGAAGUGUGUCUGGUAUCAAGCUACUCGAGACUAUUUCAUCUGAUGAUCGAGGCCAUGUGCUUUCCGCGAUGGAGCAUUUAGGUUGCGAAUCAUUUGAGAUAUCCAUUCCCCUCACAGUCUUUGGUGAAACAGUUCGGGAGCUACUUCCAGAGGAGAAUGAGGGAUACACUAUCUGA